CCACAGACCACAUGCUAACGAGAGUAGUAGCUGUAUAUCCCCCUGAUUUCGAGUCUCGGCCUUUGUUGUCCCUCGUCGGUUGCAGCCACUUGCGGUGCCAGUACAGCUAAAGUGUCGUCUAUCUCGAACACCUCCACCAUCGCGGCUUGAGCACCGCGCCCGGGCCCUUUUCCCCGAUCCACAGGAACAAUGCGCUCCGAAGCCAUGAACUUUCAUCUUCUCAUCUCCUCAUCUGCUACGAGUGAGCAAGUACAGUAGUACAUAGUAGUAUCCACGCCCCCUGCGCCAUCAGUCCGCGUCGACAUUGCGGUCAAACAGCUCUCCACUUGAGCCCAUUCCCACCAUUCAGAUUUUCGCUCGACCGCCACCACCACAUGUGGAAAAUGAGAAAAGUGGGGGAACAACACUUUUUCUUCGAGCAUUUUCCAUUUUGCAGACUCUGUACCCGGCGCUUCUGGGUCUGUGUUCUGUUUGUCAGUAUUCCGCCCGAGCUUGCUUUCCCCCGAACCCUGGACAAAAUCGGGGAUCCAAGCCACUGCCACACGUCCGUGGGUGAGACAAGAUUUCAGAUUCGACGAUUCGACUACCUAGUACUCUACGGCUAUACAACCGUCUCGGGUGUCAAGAUAGCAUUACGACUUGAGAAGGAACCUGCCACUGGCCAACGCCAUCUGUCGCCGUCGGUGUAGGCGACAGACAUUGAUUGAUCAGUGACUCCCAUCCCACCCCGGAAGUCAAAGGUGCGGAAUCGUGCAUUCGCUGGACUGCAAUCCGUUCUUCUUUUACCCGACCCUCGGGACUCGCUUCCUCCCACUCCUCGACCACCAGGCAAUACGAACAAGGACAUCUCUUUGAUUCAUCUCGCUAUCCCUUUCGGCCGUCGCAUCGCCGCUCGUCCAACAACCCUGUCCAAACCUUGUUAACCGGUUCCUUCUGCGUCAUCGCCUCGCAUCCUUCCAAUACCCCUGCUCCUGAUCCUGGUCCUCGUCCCUCCUCCUCCGACACGGUCGCGUACUGUCGUACCUGAGAUUUUAUUUUGGGUUACUCACUAUAAUCUGACGACGUCGACUCUGGAAUUUUUCUUUGGUCUUGUGGUUUCAAACUCUUACCAAAUUCGCUUCAACGCAGCCAACCAAGCCCACGCCUUCAUGCACACUCUAUUACUUCUCCUGCUCCCUCGGUGUGAUCUGGUCCAGAUAGUGGUUGGAUAGUCGCAAAGAAAGGGCCCAAACCGAACCCGGACGGACUCACGCAGUCUUUGACACAUCCGCCAUGUAUAGACAUUCGGCCCAGGUCAACUGUAUACCCAGAAAUGCCCCUCCUUCGCCCGACACCACCAGUGACUCCGAGUCUGACAUCCUCGAUGCUCUGCAGCGAAAGAGAAAGCAAUUAGACGAGGAGAUUGCCCGAUUCAAGGCGGCAAAGGACCGCGAGUUUCGUGAAUUCGAGAAGGAACUUCGACUGCAUCGGAAAAAGGCUCGAGGCCUCGAAAGUUGCUGUUCGAGCAAUAUCUCGUCAUCCUCGUCUGCCAGUGCAGGAAUCCUGACCGCGCAUAGACCGGUGGGCCACCAUAAGUCAAAGAGAGCGGAAGUGGGGGUGGGAGCUAAAAUCGUCAAAACGACACCGUUGAGUCCAGCAACUUUGUCUCUUGCGAAGUUGAACAUAACUGGGGAGACGUUGCCUUUGAACAACGAUUUGGUGACACCUUCGUUAUUGACCAAGACAAACUCUCGGUCCACUCCUCCGGGUUCAUUAAAUACUACGCCCUCAAGGUCACAAAAGGAUAGUGUACCUAAUCCCCAGCAUCCGCCUCCGCCCCCUACGCCGACGAGCGACCGAACGGACAGUUUUGCCGGCGUGUUCACGCCCUCUUAUUUGCCCCUUUUGGAUUCUCGGGAUCGGACUCCUCCGCGAAGCAGUCCACAGCCCUUGACUCCGCAGGAAGAAGAAAAGAAGCAGCUACAACAUCCACAACAACCCGACGCCGCCGAUAGUACUAGUAAGCAAAAGGCCGAACGAGACCGACAACGACCGCCCUUGAAAUCAUCACAGUCUCUCCCGGAACAACCGGUCUCGCCGCCCGUGGUGGUCACCUCGACCAAGCGAGCCAAGUCGACCGGUCAAAUACCCACCAGCGCCAGCAGCACGAACAACACGAGCACGAGUCUGCCGCCGAGCGCAUUGAGAAAAACGUCGAAAAGUGGUGUGCGCAAGGAUGCGAAACACGUGCAUUUCCAACUGGCCGACUCUACUGUCGUCGACCCAAGCAGCAGUUAUGAAGAAUCCAGUCCGGGGGGGAUGAGUAGUCCGGAAAAGGAGGAUUCAGAAGACAGCCAAAGCGGCAGUUUAGGUACUACUAGUAGUGGCACUCUGAAGAAGACAAAGACGAGAAAAGGCAGUCCGAAACACCUGAAGCUUCCCAGCACGAACGACGGUGGUGGUAUUGCCGGUCGACGAGGCCGAUUCCUCUCGCCUAUCCCGUCGCCACUACCGAGUCCGUCGCCUUCUCCGUCGCCUACGAUUCACGGGACUGGAAUGGAAUUGGACUCGGAAUCGCCUUUUUCAGGCGGUCUGGUCAUGGCCGAUGACGGGGGUAGUGGUGUGGGCUUCUUUGAACUUGAUGAGGAACUGGCGAGUCCGGGGUUGAGAGACAGGCCGUUCGAAGAGGAAGCGGAGAUUGAAGAAGUGGAGGACAUCGACGUGGAUGCGGAAGCCUCGACUACCGAGGAUAUGUGGCGCGAUGAUGAUGAUGGUAAAAGGAUACCAUUUGGGCGGGACGAAGGAGAUGAAGGGUUUGGGGCUGCGGCUACUGGGUUGGGAAGCAGUGUUGCGGCUGGGAGUGUGCCUAUUGAUAUUGUCCGGCCGACGGGCAGUUGGGUCGGUAGUUUUGGACAUUGAUGUUGACUUGGGCACUGCAUGAUGUAUGCGGGAUUUGCAAAUAUCUAUCUCAGCUAUUAUGAUUUUAUUAUGAUUGCCUACCUAGGUACCUACAGCAGGUGGGUACAUUAACCAGAGAGGAGUGAGGAGUGAUGAAGAGGACCUCAGAAGUUAGGUAAUGUCUCUUCUGCUUCAAGUUUGGCUUUUCUUCUGCCAGAAAUAAUAGUAAUAGUAAUGGUAGUACAAUGGGCAUAGAGCAGGAUAUAAUAUAAUGUACAGGAGUUCAGAUAUGUUGUACACUUGCUGACUGGACCAUAUAGGAGGUACCCAGCAGAGGACUUGACAACCCCUACUCAGGUACAGGUACUUAGAUACCUAGGUGUAUAUUAUAUGCCUUCAUGACUGCAA